UCUACGAACUCUGGGUUCGAAUUAAGGAAUUCUUUCUCUCUUUCUGCUUCAACUUUCUCUCUUAUCCACAUUCCAUCUGCAAUACAUCGUCAAGAACAAAAAAAGAGGGGGAAAAUGGGGCUGCUCUCCGAGAAAGUCACGUGCAACUCACACGGCCAAGAUUCCUCAUACUUCCUGGGAUGGCAAGAGUACGAGAAGAAUCCAUACGAUGAGGUCAAGAAUCCCAAUGGAAUGAUCCAAAUGGGUCUCGCAGAGAAUCAGCUGUCUUUUGAUCAGCUGGAGACGUGGCUGGCUCAGAACCCAGACGCGGCGGGGAUGAGGAAAGAUGGAGAAUCCAUUUUCAGACAGCUUGCACUGUUUCAAGAUUACCACGGCCUUCCUUCUUUCAAGAAUGCCUUGGUUCAAUUCAUGUCAGAAAUCCGAGGAAACAAAGUCACCUUUGACUCCAACAAGCUAGUCCUCACCGCCGGCGCAACUUCUGCUAACGAGACUCUCAUGUUUUGCCUCGCUAACCCCGGCGACGCUUUCCUCCUUCCCACUCCAUACUAUCCUGGAUUUGAUAGAGAUCUGAAAUGGAGGACGGGAGCCGAGAUAGUGCCAAUACAGUGCUGGAGUUCAAACGGGUUCAGGAUCACAGAAUCCGCCAUUGAAGAAGCUUACCAAGAAGCACAAAAGCGGAACCUUAAAGUGAAAGGAGUGCUGGUAACAAACCCGUCAAAUCCUCUAGGAACAACGUUAACCCGACAGGAACUAAACCUCCUCCUCACCUUCAUCGACAAGAAGGACAUCCAUCUCAUCAGCGACGAGAUCUACUCCGGCACCGUCUUCGACUCCCCGGGCUUCGUCAGCGCCACGGAGGUCCUAACGGAGCGAGGCUACACAAACACCGACGUUUGGAACCGCGUACACAUUGUCUAUAGCCUCUCCAAAGACCUCGGACUCCCAGGUUUCCGAGUCGGCGCAAUUUACUCCAACGAGGAAACAGUGGUCGCCGCCGCCACUAAAAUGUCGAGUUUCGGACUUGUUUCCUCGCAGACUCAGUACCUCCUCUCCGCCAUGUUAUCCGACAAAAAGUUCACGAAAAAAUACGUCGCGAAAAACCAGAAGAGACUUAAGAAAAGACACGACAUGUUGGUUAACGGCCUCCGGGAUGCCGGAAUCGGGUGCCUGGAAAGCAAUGCCGGAUUGUUCUGUUGGGUAGACAUGAGACAUCUUUUAAGCUCGAACACGUUCGAAGCAGAAAUUGACUUAUGGAAAAAAAUAGUGUACCAGGUGGGUCUAAACAUCUCGCCCGGUUCGUCGUGCCACUGCACCGAACCGGGCUGGUUCAGGGCCUGUUUCGCCAACAUGUCUGAAGACACUCUAAAUCUGGCAAUGCAACGAAUAAAAGCAUUCGUGGUCAGGUCUUCUUCCCCCGGGGACGAAGGAAUAUUCGUCCAUAGCCCCAAACAUUGUUCGAGCAAGAACUCAAAGAGGAAAGGGUUUUCGAAGUGGGUUUUUAGGCUGUCGUUCAAUGAUCGUCAAAGAGAACGAUAGAUGAUCACUACAAAGUUUCAACCAAUUUUUUUUUACUCAAGACUUAGGUGUUGAUUUUUUACCUAGUACUUAGGUGUUGAGUUACGUACGAUGAUACCAUUUUUUGGUUGUCUGUAUGUGUAGAGAGCAUGCACUCGGUCCAUGUCGUGCGGACGAGAAGUGGAUGGCCAGCUUUUACCGCAUCUGUAAACCCCCCAGUCCUCUGUUAAAAACUUUAAGGUCAAAAGAGUCAAGACAAAUAAGCUAAGAAUAUUUAUGUAAUCUUGAUUAUAUUGUAUUUAUUACUUUACAUAAUAAAUGUUUUAUUGAAA